AUGGAUUCAUCUUUCGUCGCGAAAAGCGCUUCAGACGCCGCCGAGUUGGGUGUCAACCUGGCCAAAGAUCUAUACUGUCUCGCCUCUGAGUAUCCCAGCGUCGAGUGCCAGAUUGGCCGCAUUGCACAGGCCUUUGUCGACAUCAACCUGACAUUGGCCGAUCUCGCAUCGGCACUUCCGUCUAGCUCGAGUUUGGUAUCAUUGACACCACCAUGCCUGGAGCGUGUCGGCGCCUUGAUCCACCGUGUUCAUAUGGUACAAACGGCCUUCCUGGAAGGCCUGGGCGACAAUAAUCCAGCUCCUGUCAGUGGCAAGAUACCCAGCAGCAGCAAGAAGCUGAACUCAAACAAGUCGAGUAACAAACUCGGACGGCUCAAGACACUGUUCCCCGGUUCGGGCGCCGCGGAGCGUUUUACAGAAAUGGAAUGGAUGCGCAACACUCUUGCUCUUCUGGCGACCGUGUUCCGGUUGGUCACAUCACAGGCGCAUGGCAGCGACGACAGCGCCAAUCUUAACAAUCAAAACAGGUUUCGCAUUGCGUCCGAGACGCUGACCAGUGCCGUCAUUAUUUAUGUCCGGACGAUUGAGCAAAGGCUUGCUGGUCCCGAGGACGACGAUCAGAGUGAUGACGAAGAGCCCGUCACAGGACCAGGCUCCUUACUCUAUGUUGCCCCUGUUGCCCCGUAUCCCAGGGAUUCUAAGAAGGGAAAGUCCAAGAGCAAGGCGCUCGUCGAGGUCAAAGUUGACGCGGCCGACUGGAUCUAUGAGAAUCUGCGAGAUAGAAUCAAAGAAAGCGACCGUGCCGAGCGACUCCCACGCCACUUUGUUGAGUGGCUUCUCGAAGAGGCUGUGCUGCCAAAAACAGACGAAAAACCAGCAGUUGCAGAUGCAGCUGCGGCAGAGCCAACGGACGGAAAUACAGCAGUAGAAGGUGUGUCAAAGGAUAAGCGCAAUCCCAGUACAGAAAGAGGGGAGCCUAUUACAGAACCAAAACCAGAACCACAACCUGCCCCUGUUUUUCUGUCGAAGAAGGCGGCUAAGAAACUGGCCAAGCUCAAGGGCAAGGCCAAAGCAGUCGCCACGAAGCCUACCGAACCUGAACGUCCGUCAGACGACAGGGACAUUGGAACAACUGACAAUAAUACGGCCGAAGAUUCAGAGAGAAAGGCCAUGGAGGACAUGAAUGCUAGCAGCACUGAUACAGCGGGCACAAAGAAAGGCGGGUUCAUAGCCGAUGCCAGUGGCGCUCCCGAAGCAACACCCGCGCAUCAAGCCGACACUCCCAAGGCAGCAGCGACGCAGACCGAGCCAGGCAAAUCCCGGGACGCCAAGAUUGGACAAUACGACCUUGAGCAAGAUCACGACGAUCUCCCACCACCAUACCCGUCUCCGGAAUCUUUCAUACCUCAUGGGCGAGGCCAGCCAUUUGGCGCCUCGCACUUCCCGUAUCCUCCAGCAAAUCCUAUGGCCUACCAAACACCGCCUGGUGCUUCGUUUGAUAUGCCACCAUUUAUGCAACCCCAGCCUGCGAUGCUCCCUAUCGGUUUCUACCCACUUCAUCCACAAUACAUGGCAGCACCACAGUCAUUUUUCUCACCUCGUGGAGCCACGGGUGACACCCACGGACCUAGUGACCUCUUUGACGGCCUCCCGCCAAGCCGACCGUUCCCCGGCAUAAGGCGAGAAUCCAUUGAACGAUCAUAUCGUGACGCACCAAGUCAUGAGAUGGACCGUGGUGGUAGUCUUGCGCCUCGAAGCCGACCGGCUGCGUAUGGCAAGUUCGAGGAAGGUGGCCAAUUUGAUAAUGAGUCCCCGGUAAAUAGGCGACGCGACUUAACUGGCCGCCGCCGGAGGGAGAGCGAUGACUCUCAAGGGACCAACGACAACAAGGAGAACGAAAAAUACGGCUCAGGCAACAAGAUAGGCGAUGAGACAUCCCCCGGGAAAGGCACGGCCGACGGAGGGCACGACACACAAGCACGACCGGAGCUGAGCCUUGAACGUGCCGUGUACCGCCCUAAAAAGCCCGUUGCUGUGUCCUCGAAGCCUACCAAAAAGGGCGACGGGAAGGCUUCUGCUGAGACCGAGGACGAAGCUGAGAAGCACUACUCAGACGCUGAGACGGUCGAUAUCAGAGAUGCUCUGCCACUGUCAAACAACUCGGGCAAAAAACGGAAUGGGAAUGUCAGCACGUCUGCUGGGAAAACCGCUGGUCAAGCUAACGGGGCUUCCUCGCCCCCGGUAGCCCCUGUCCUGCCUACGCCACCAACUCCUCCAUCUGCGGCCGGAGAAGAUGAUAAUGCUAUUGAAGCAGAAACGUCCAAAUCGAAGACAAAGUCUAAAGCCAAGCAGACGGCGAAGAACACACGUAACGCUAAGGCCAGGGCGCUGACUGCGGAGGGGGACCACAACGAGACAGAGCCAAGGAAUGAGAAUAGGGACGAUAGCGAGUAUGAGAGUGCCGACGAAGGCAACGAUGGCAAGAAUGACAAAGACAAAAAUGCCAACGACGACGGCAAUGAGACGCAAUUUUCGCCCGAUACCGAGCACAAAGUCUUUACACCCCCAGACACACCGCCGCACAUCCCACACCCUGGCGAGGCGCCUGUCCCACCACCGGCUGCUCACAUACACUCGCAGGCGCCACAGCCAGGUCCACUAGGAGCUGGUGGCGCUGCUGGUCCUGGUGGCUUUCCAGGUUCUACUAGCAUACCAUACUUCACGCAACCGCCGCAUCCCAUGAUGGGCUCUUAUCCAUACCAGACACAACCCAGAGGUGGUCCCGAAGCCACAGGCUAUGGACUCAACGUUGAUAUGGGCAUGGGUGCCGUCGGUACUGGCUUUGGUGCUGGUGAUGCUACCAUAGAUUCGAUGUGGGCAUCCUUUUGGAACGAGCGCUUGGGCAUGCCGCCACCAGCCGCUCCUUGGGUCGGUACUCAGGCAACAAGGAUGAACGGUCCUCGAAGUGGUCCGACCGCUGCAGCAGAACGGAGCUCAAGCUGGAUCCGGGGGGACGAUCACGCCAAGCCGGUUCGCGGACCUCCGCCACAAGACUCGGGUGCACAUCCUCCGCCAAGGCCUCAGCCAUGGAACCGCUAUCGCAACCGGGGCAGUCGUGAUGACCAUCACGAUGACGGACAUGCAGUCUUUGGGUACAGUGAAGACGACAACUACGACGACUAUGACCACCGAUAUCCGCGCGAUCGCCGUUACUACAGCGACGACUACGAUGACCGUGGCCCAGUGACAAGUGCUCCGUACCACGACGACUACCCACCGCGGCGCCGGUCACUCAGCCCGCCCUACCAUACGCAAGACCGCCGCCGCCAGUACCAUGAACAGCAGCGACAGCAGCGUCCUCGCUACCACCCGGACGACUCGCCGCCUCGGGGCUGGGAGCGCGACGAUCGAGACCGACGCGAGCCAAGAGGGUCGCCCAAUAUGCAUGGUGGAUCGCACCAACAGCAGCCCUCACAGCCGCCAUACCGCAACGCCUUUCACCCUUAUUACGACCAGCCACGACGCGCUUCAGUUUCCAAGGGGGCAACACCUGCCGAGUGGGGCUGGCCAGGCGAUGUGAAGCAACCACUUGAUCCUCAACAGACGCAGCUACCACAAAUGGCACCCCAGAUGCCGCCCAUGUUCCCACAUGCCCCGCCACCGCACAACAGCCACCCGGCACCAGGCUGGGACGGGGGCUGGAACGAGACCUACCGCCAAAGCCGCGGCCAUGCCGAGUUCGCCAUGACUGAAGUCGACGGCUAA